AUGCUGAAGCACUCCACCUCUCUCGGAACCCUGUUCGGACGCCGCCGCUGCCCGCUGUUCCUGGCCACCGCGCUCCUAGUUGCUCCGGGUGUCGCGAAUUCGGCUGACAUUAUCAUAAGUGUCGAUACCAACGAAACGAACGGAGACGCUACCAACCUUCCGUCCCCCGGUAAUGGCGAAUCUUUGAUCGUGAACGAAGGCGUCACGAUGACAAUCGAUGAGGACGGUGCCGGCUUGACUGUCAUUGGCGUGUCAGAUGUCGUGAUCACCAACAAUGGGUCGAUUUAUACGUUCGGAACAGAAAACGACUGCGGAUUCGAUGAAACGGGAGCUGGGUGUGCUGGUAACGAACAAAAUACAUCCGGUGAGAAAAGCUUCGGCUAUGCCGAUGGCAUGUAUAUCGUCGGUGCCGACUAUGCGCAGGUCACCAAUAACGGGCUGAUCGACGUGGAUGAUUAUCGUGGCACAGCCAUGUUCGUUCAGGGAGAGAGUGCGCUCAUCACCAACAAUAACCAGAUAACGGUACGCGGUGAAUAUGGGAUAGGUAUGAGCCUCGGCCGCGGCAGCGAUGCGUACCUAUUGAACAACGGCACGAUUACCAUGAAUCUCGCAAGCAACGUGACUGGUAUGAAUGUCUUUGGAUGGAACCCGGCUGAUGAUCUUGGCGAUCCCACCGACAACAGGUUCGCAACCACGACCGGUCACCUCCUUGUCAACACGGGUGUGAUCGAGUGGGUGAAAGAUUCGACCAACACGGGCUUCAUCGGGAUGCGGAUGGAUGGUACCGACGAAGAAGCCACCGGCGUUCCUGAUGAAUAUGACCAAUACCGCUACAUCGUCGAUGCGCAGAUGUACAACUACGGCACCAUCAGGGUGAUCUUGACUGCGCCACCGGGCGACAGUGGGGCGGCAUACCAUGCCGCGGGCAUGCGCACGGCCGCGCACAAUGUCGACAUCUACAAUUAUGGCACGAUUGACAUCGGGUCGACCGGCCGGGGUAUUGACGCAACCGGGUCCGGACUCGGGGUUUACAACUAUGGAACCAUCAUCGUGGACGGUGGCAACGCGGAUCCCACCAAUAAUGGUCUCCUUUCCGUCGGUAUGGAAGUCUUCCUGGAUCGGGCAAUCCUAAAUUACGGCGAUGCCACGACCGACAUCCUUAGAACCGACGGCACGGAAGCAGACUAUAGAAACAAGGCUGUGAAUGCCGGCCUGAUUCGGAUCAACAACACGCGGGCCACGCUUGGCGCCGGGGUGCACAUUAAGGGCGACUCGGGUCAGGAUUUCUACAAUUACGGGACGGUCAUCUCACCGAAUGGCUGGUCCCUCCUGCUCGAUGCGGACGACGGACAGGGCAGCACGGGCAUUCCCUACAAGAACAACGCUUAUUUGUUUGAUGGCUCAAUUCUUGUGGGUGAUCUCAACGUCAAUCCUUAUUCGCGUGUGGAGUGGAACCUUCACUUUGGUGACGGCUACAAUGCGGCUCUGCGUUUCGACGACACAGAAAAUCAGAUUUGGUACAGCAAUCGUAUCCAUCUGGGGGGAGCAUUUCCCACCGGUUUCCAUUCACCGAACGGUUUUGUUCUGGUCGACAACGUAGCGUAUGUGGUCGAUCUGGAGUCCUACUCGCAGCAGGACCAAACGACAUGGUCCAUGGUUUCCAUGAUCCAGGAUGCUGUCGACGAGGAAACGAAGACGCGGCCGCCUGAGGGCGACUUCGCCUUCAAUGGCGAUGGCAGCGGUGGUCCUUCCAACAAAUGGGCACGGAUGUUCGCGGGCUGGGUGUACGAUCCGGGCGACGGGGCGGUCGUCGUUGGUGACGAAGCCUCCGACGAGCGUGACGGUGGCUAUAACGGCUAUUCCGCCGGCACGAUCGUCGGCGUGAACAAGGCGGAACGCAGCUAUUUCUUUGGCGCUGCCUACAGCCAGGUUUCCAGCAUCGACGACAUGGACAACGACACCGGUUAUGAAACCUAUUCGGGCACGCUUUUCGCCGGGAUUUCCUCAACUCUCAGGGAGCGGUUCAAUCUCUCGAUGACGACGGGUGUGAGUUUCAAUCACACGGAUCGGGACAUUGCCGACAACCGGAGCGUUACAGGCCUCGAUUCUGUUACCGCCAACUAUGUCUCGGCGUUCUUGUCUCCCUCGCUGCUCGUCGACGGGCCGUGGGGCAGCAGCAUGCGGCUGAACUAUCUCGGCGCAUGGACCCAGGACCACUCCUAUGAGCUGUCCGGCGGCGAGGAACUGAAGGUGAAAAAGCGCUACGCCCACGUCUUCGGCUCGCAGUUCCAGAUGGUGCAUGACAUCCCGAUGAUGGAGAACGUCCCACUGAUCGGCGAGCGGUUUCCCGCCCGGGUCCGAUACGGUGUCGAGGGCCACUAUGCCCUUGGAUCGGACAUUAAAAGUACGGUCACGCUGCCAGGCUUCACAAGAUAUAGUGACAGCCUGAAGACACCUUACAACGACGGUUUCACUGCCCGCGGCUUUGCGGGACUGGAUCUCGGCCCUGCCUUUGUCGAAGCCGGUUACGACACGGAUGAGCAGGUUUCCGUCAGCGCCGGAGACCCGGCAGCGAGCGCGCAGCUCCGCUUUGCUGCGGUCGAACGAACAGAACAGUCAGCGGCACCUUCGCAUCGCGUCGCAGGCCGACCGCGAAGUCCGGACUUUGCCGCACACAGGGAAACGGACAGGGCGAUGAUUGAGUUCCGGUCCGAAAUGCGCGAUGGACUGACGCGCGAUACCGCUGUUGCGAGCGAUAGCCGGGACAGGCCGAAACCGGGCCGUGGCGAGGUGCUGAUCAAGCUGCAUGCCGCUGCCGUGAACCCAGCAGCUUUCCUUUCGGAAGACGGAAAGAACGCGUUUGUCGUGAAAACGAAAUUUCCGCAUGGCAGCGGGCUUUGUGUUUCCGGCAUCGUUGUCGCCAGGGGAGCGAACGUGACGGGCCGUGACCUGGGAGAUGCGGUCUAUGGAUACCUGCCGAAUGCUGCCCUGAGCACAUGCGCGGUGUUUCAACCGGCGCAUGCCGCACAUGUCAGGGAAAUGCCGCUGAAUGCCGAUUUCCGCGAGGCAGCCGCUCUCCCGCUUGUUGGAAGUGCGGUCAUCCAGGCUUUCGAAAAAAACGGUCCGAGGGCGGGCGACCGCAUUCUGAUCCACGAAGGCGGCGGCGCAGUCGGCUCUUUUGCAAUACAAUAUGCGAAGUUUCUCGGAGCCACGGUCUUUACAACGACAAGUACGGAAAACGCGGACUGGGUCAGGGAACUUGGUGCAGAUGGUAUCCUGGACUAUCAACUUGUCGACUACCGGGACGAGUUGCGUGGUCUGGACAUGGUGCUGGAUACGCUUGGAGGCGACGCAACCUUCUCCGCUUUCGAUGUGAUCCGGCCGGGUGGGGCGGUCGUCAGCCUGUUUGGACCCGUCGACGACAGGGCCGCGAAACGGCUGAAACUCAACCCGCUGAUGCGGCAGGUUCUCUGGUUCAAGGGGCCGGUAGUCGACACCACGAGCUUCGAUCCGGCCAAUGCCAUGGAGGUGAUCGACCCACCAAGACGUGUGGCUGGCGAUUGGAAGAUGGCGGAGAAACAAGAGGCCCGCUAG